AGGGCCACCUGGGCUGGCCGCUGUACCUCUGUCCCGUGUGCACCGUGCACCGCAGCCACCAAGGCUGCCAACCCCUGACCUAGCUACCGAGUGUACCAUGCAGUGCCUGGGCGCCGAGUACUUGGUUUCUGCAGAGAAAACACCCAGGCAGAGAGAGUGGCGACCCCAGAUUUAUAGGAAAUGCACAGAUACGGCGUGGCUAGUCCUGUUCUUUCUCUUUUGGACUGGUUUGGUGUUCAUCAUGGGCUAUUCGGUGGUGGCUGGAGCAGCUGGAAGACUCCUCUUCGGCUAUGACAGCUUCGGCAAUGUGUGUGGCAAGAGGAACUCCCCCGUGGAAGGCGCCCCACUCUCGGGGCAGGACAUGACUCUCAAAAAACACGUUUUCUUUAUGAACGCCUGCGAUCUAGAAGUCAAAGAUCGGUGGCUUGCUCGCACAGCCCUCUGUGUAUCCAGAUGUCCUGAGAGGCAGUUGGACACCCUGGAAGAGGUCCAGCUCUUUGCCGACAUCAAUGGGUCUUUCCUGUGUGUCUAUAGUUUGAAUUCCUUCAACUACACUCAGAGCCCAAAUGCAGAUACAUUAUGUCCCAGGCUCCCUGUUCCUCCUAGCAAGUCCUUUCCCUUACUUAAUCGGUGCAUUCCUCAGACACCCGAGUGCUAUUCCUUAUUUGCAUCAGUCUUUAUAAAUGAUGCUGACGCUCUCCAUCGGAUUCUAAGUGGAAUAAUGGCAGGAAGAGACACCAUCCUCGGCUUAUGUGUCUUCACAUUCGCCUUGUCUCUGGCCAUGAUGUUCACCUUCCGAUUCAUCUCCACCCUUCUGGUCCACAUUAUCAUUUCGUUGGUUAUUUUGGGAUUGCUGUUUGUCUGUGGUGUCUUAUGGUGGUUGUAUUAUGACUACACCAAUGACCUCAGCACAGAAUUGGACACAGAAAGAGAGAAUAUGAAGUGCAUGCUAGCCUUUGCCAUUGUCACUACAGUCAUGACGGCAGUUCUCCUUGCCUUGAUUUUUACCCUCAGAAAGAGAAUGAAAUUGACGGUUGAGCUUCUCCAAGUCACAAACAAAGCUAUCAGCAGCUGUCCCUUCCUGCUGUUCCAACCGCUGUGGACAUUUGCCAUCCUCAUUUUCUUCUGGGUCCUUUGGGUGGCUGUGUUGCUGAGCCUGGGGACUGCUGGCACUGCCCAGGUGAUGGAAGGUGGCCAAGUGGAAUAUAAGCCUCUUUCGGGCAUUCGGUAUAUGUGGUGGUACCAUUUAAUUGGCCUCAUAUGGACUAGCGAAUUCAUCCUUGCAUGCCAGAGGAUAACUAUAGCUGGAGCAAUGGCUACUUGCUAUUUCAACAGGAAUCAAAAUGACCCUCCUGCCCAUCCAAUCCUUUCGUCUCUCUCCAUACUUUUCUGCUACCAUCAAGGAACUGCGGUGAAAGGGUCAUUUUUAAUCACUGUGACAAGGAUCCCAAGAGUCAUUCUCAUGCACAUUUCUAAUACUCUGAAAGAGCCGCAAUGUGGUGAGCAGUCAAGAGGUGCGUUCAGAGGCAGCUACUGUGGGUUCAGGUGUCUCAUCAGACACCUGCAACAUCUCAACCAGAACUCGUACACCGCUGCAGCCAUUAAUGGGACGGAUUUUUGUGCAUCAGCAAAAGACGCACACAAAAUCAUGUCCAAGAAUUCAAGUCAUCUCAUGUCUGUUAACUGCUUUGGAAACUUUGUCAUUUUCCUGGGAAAGGUACUGGUGGUGAGCUUCACUGUUUUUGGAGGGCUGAUGGCGUUUAACUACAACCGUGCUCUCCAAGUGUGGGCCAUCCCUCUGCUGCUAGUUGCCUUUUUUGCCUACCUAGUGGCUCACAGUUUCUUGUCUGUGUUUGAAACUGUGCUGGAUAUACUUUUCCUGUGCUUCGCUGUGGAUCUGGAAACGAAUGAUGGAUCGUCAGAGAAACCGUACUUCAUGCACCCAGAGUUUUUGAGUUUUAUGAAACGGACCAGCAACUUUAACAAUGGAAGGUCUCAAGGAUGCAAGGAGUCAUUACCAAAUGAAGAGGGGACAGAACUCCGGCCCAUUGCGAGAUAGGAGCCCGGAGCCCUUUGUACCUGGAGAACCUGAGUUCACUUUGACUACACUGUGAUACUGAAAUGCCUAUAGCUAUUUUCACAUGAACUGGAGCAAGAAAAAUCACGUUAAAACUAUGUUUCUAUGCAUCACUUUAGAAGGCACAGUAUGUAUGGGCACAGUGACAUACAUCUAUAAUCACAAUUAGGAGGCUGAAGUAGAAAGACCACCAGUAUAAAGCCAGGGUGAGUUUAAAGCCAACCUGAAUGUUAUGUAGAGACCUUAUCUCAACAUAAAUAAAUAAAAAUAAAAAAUAAGACUGGCUCACUGGAUAAAGGUAACUGCUGCUA